UUUAUUGUGGAUAAAACAUCAGCUGAACGCAGGUCAAUGAGAUGGCAGAGUAUGGAGCAGAAGAUGAACUACCUCAGAGGCAACUUGGUGUCAAGGAGCGGCAGAAUGGAGAGCUGACUGACUCAGAGCUGCCUGUGGAUGAGAGGAAACAGAGGGACAGUGAGGAGCGUGAAGCUCUGGUAUUAUGGAAGAGACCUCUGCUGACACUCCACUACUUCACUCUGGAGCUGCUCAUCACCCUUAAAGAGUCGCUGUGGAGGCUCUGGCAGCAAAGACAGACUGUGUUUGGCCUUCUGAUCCUGCUUAUCCUCCUCUUCAUUGCCUACUGCAUUGAAGGAACACACCAGAAGUAUGUACGCUACAUGGAGAAGAAGACGCUGUGGUGCGCCUACUGGGUUGGCCUGGGCAUCCUCUCCUCCGUGGGUCUUGGCACCGGGCUGCACACCUUCCUUCUCUACCUGGGACCACACAUAGCAUCAGUGACCUUGGCAGCUUAUGAAUGCGGCUCGGUGGAUUUCCCCGAACCUCCCUAUCCAGACCAAAUAGUCUGUCCCCAGCAGAAUGCACCAGCACCUGGCUCUGAUGCUGAGCAGGUGGGCGUGGAGACCACAGGGGCGGACGGGUUGGUGGGGUCAGCUGCCAUCCAGGGAAGCAUAUCUCUCUGGACCAUCAUCUCCAAAGUCCGCCUGGAAGCUUGUAUGUGGGGUGCAGGUACAGCUAUAGGAGAGCUUCCUCCCUACUUCAUGGCCCGUGCAGCUCGUCUGUCCGGUGCGGACCCCGAUGAUGAGGACUACCAGAGGUUUGAAGAGAUUCUCGACCAGACCCAGUCUGCACAGGACUUUGGCACUAGAGCAAAAGUAGCAGUGCAGAAACUCAUCCAGAGGGUCGGAUUCUUUGGGAUUUUAGCCUGUGCCUCUAUUCCAAACCCCUUGUUCGACCUGGCAGGAAUUACCUGUGGACAUUUUUUGGUUCCCUUCUGGACUUUUUUUGGUGCAACGCUCAUUGGAAAAGCAGUCAUCAAAAUGCACAUUCAGAAACUGUUUGUGAUCGUCACCUUCAGCAGGCACAUAGUGGAGCAGAUGGUCUCCCUCAUCGGAGCUGUUCCACUGCUGGGUGCGGCACUGCAGAAGCCCUUCAGGGAGUACUUGGAGGCCCAGAAGGCCAAGCUGCACCAUCACGCUGGAGAGGGGAUCCCAACUGAGGAGAGUUGGCUGUCGUGGCUCUUUGAGAAGGUUGUGGUCAUCAUGGUAUGCUUCUUUGUCUGCUCCAUUGUUAACUCCAUGGCCCAGAGCUACAGCAAGCGCAAGCAGCAGGAGAAGUACAAAACGGAGUGAAGGCCGGACAGCGAUCGCAGCGAAGCAUCAACUUCAGAAGCUCCCACCGAUCCUUUAGUCCCGGCUGAUACCCUACCAUUAGCUGAAGCAAAAUAUCAGCCUCCAUCUGGUUUCUCUCUUGUUAUUGUAGCAACAUGUUUACAUUGAACCUGGACUUCCAUUUACUUGCUUUUGAUGGCUUUGCAUUUGGUAGUGAUUUCGGCGAUUUUUCUCUGUAAGGUAGGUGCUUGUUGGAGUGCGUGUGAGUGAGCUGUUGUGUUGUUCAUGUUGGUGAUUUUAGCUGCUCCUGAGCACGUGAGAAGAAGCUGCUGGCAAUAAUUGUCCUCAGUGAGGCCUUAAGCUGCACUGUUUGUUCCUCUAGAAGAACAUACUGUCUUAUAUGUCACUUGAAUUCACUUUAUUUGAAUAAGCUAGGAUUUACUUUUGAUUACGUGGUGAGUGUUGUGUUUUUUUGUUCAGUAACUUAAUUAUUUAAUGUGUAUAUUUGCUGGUUUAAUAAUAAGACAUUGUGUGUUUAUUACUGUACUGUAGAGUUGUUGUGCAGUAUCUGCCGUGGUAGGAUAAGACUGUAAAUGCCCACUUUAGAGUCAUCUUAUUUCUACAUAUUGUAGAGCUCUUAAGUCAGUUGUUGUCGAGAUGUUGAUGAAUGUUUUAAAGUGUUCGUGGUGUCUUAGACAACCACUUCUUUUGUGUGUUUGCAGUAAAGCACGUCAAGGUACUUUUGGAUGAGAAAUGAUAAAUCGGCCAUGAAUCACCCUGCUGGUCCCUUUGUCUGCCCUUAUUGUUCUGCUUCCAGGAAGAGAGCACAUGAGUCAGCCCGGGGCUACUUUACCAGAUGCAGCCAUAUAUCGAAUCAGAUCUACGACUGUGUGUGCGCGUGCCUGUGUGUGAGAUGGAGAGCGAGAGGGAGAUAGUAGGUUGUGUGGCUGCCACAUUUGUUGCUCCCUUUUAUCUUUUAUGGAUUAAAGCAGAUUGUGCUCCACUAAUAGACUAGGAGUGCCUGGAAGUCUUAGUAUAGCAGAUAGUGACUGUUCCUUUAACUUAGAGACAGUCUGUGUCAUGGUAAGUGUUUUUCUUUGUCUUCACUUGCUUUUUUAAAAUCCUUUUUUUUACCUCCGAAGAGGAUAGCAAGCUCAUGUUUAACAUUACAUGAGCAU